UAUGGUCUUGGUCACAAAGGCUAGGUCACGACAUGUCGUGCCUUGCUUGCGACACCUGUCGACAUUUGCCUACACUUAUUUAGACUGAAGUACUUACUGUGUAACGGUCCGUGCACAGCACUUAUCUUCCCGUCAAGUCGAUCGCAAAAAUGCCUCUUCAUAUUGCCGACGAUACCUUCACAGGAUCCACACCAAAGCCAGAAGAGAUCAAGCACGAUUACUUGAUCUUCUACUCCUCCAUCAUCGUCGAUGGGCUCAUUAAAGAUACCUUUGGAUCAGAUCAGUCUCCGAGCGCAUUGAUCAUCUAUGUUGGAGACAGACCAACGUGGAAAACUCCAGCCAACGAGUUUCGUGGAGAUCCUUGGAAAAUAGAGUCCAUCCCUACGAUCGUUAAAUUGAAAGAUGGCAUCGAGGCGUCGCGCCUCGUGGAUAGUGAAAUUUCGGCGGGUCUCCAAGAAUUUAUUCAGUCCGCCUGAGCCAAGUACCACGAUGAAAAGUCGUAUUUUGACUAUUAGCGUCAUGUCCAUCAUCCCUUAGUCACAGGAGAAUAUUAUAUAUGACAGAGCUGUCUAUAUUUUACUGGUUAAUCCUGACGAUCUUAGCACAAUCUCUAGGACCUGUAGGGAAUACCAUAUGUUUAUGACGAUCAGUCUGAUUCUAC